AUGGGUGGUGGACAUCACGAGCCGUUCAAAAUCCCGAACUACUCGAUUUACAACAACUACCAGGAUUUCCCCCAAUUGGCUCAACAUGAGAAACGACUGGCAGAGAUCGGCCUCAAGGAUCCUUGGAUCAGGUCAGUUUUCUAUAAUCUUAGUGAAAUAAUUUUAUUUUUCAGAAAUUACGUCUACCUCUACGACCGAAAAUACCCACACGUCGUCGGCCAAUGGGCGCAUUUCAAGAAGGUUGAAUUUUGGGAAUUUUAUGUGGAGAAUAUGAAAAUUUCAGUUGAUUUUGCCCGGUUGGAAGGCGGGCGUAGCCUUCGCAGCCGCUUUGAUCGCUAUCGAAGAAGGUUAUCAAUUUGCGAAGCACGGCACGACGUCCUGGGAUUCUCAUCAUUAG